AUGCUAGGACGAACUCCGCACAUCAACGAUGCGUACUGCAGUGUAGAGAUGUUGGGUGAAGAUGAUUUCGAAACAUCAGACAAUGAAUUGAUCGAUUUUGAUCUGUUUCGAGAACCCACUCGUGAAAGCCGCCUUUAUAUUAUCCACUUAACAGAAUUAUAUUCGCGAAAAGCAAGUAAAUGCUGGUUAAACAUAGCUGGAGCAAACUCCAAUGAAUCAAUGAUUCGCAAAAGCCUGGACGAUCUUAUAUCCUGGAAAGCGUCCCUUCCAAGAGAAUUACAGCACCGAGAAUCUGCAGUUACUGUGGAAGAUGGCCUCUGGGCUACCCUGGUUCAUCUUAGUUACUUCACCGUGCAGAUCUUAAUACGCCGGAACGGUUUAAAUGAUCCUGACAGAAUGAAGGUCGGAUCAAUUGUGUUUGAUGCAGCUGUGCAAAUCGUGCGAAUAUUGGAGGACCUUGUAUCAUCGCAACUUCUUCCUUUUGCAUUGAUGCGCAGUGCGCCGGCUGUUUUCGCCGCUCUCUCUGUUCAGAUCGCAAACAUGCGCGGAUGCCCAUCCCAUGUGGUCGACGUUUCGAAGCAUAGAGCCCGACUCUGUAUGAUGAUCAUAAACAAGCUGCAAGACCACUCGCCUCCACUCCUGUGGUACUAUCGUCUUUUUGUACGGAUAUUGCGUAGUAUGGGUUGUGAUGUUCCCGAUGAAGACAAUCGAGAUGCUUCACAUCAUUCUGGCCCAUCCGAUCAGCGUGUGCAUGGGCUUCGCUCACCUACAACCGACUUUCUCUACAACAACCCAUUUGAGAAUAGCGCACAAGAGGUUGAAGCGAACUAUACCUCCAAUGAUCUAUUGACCAGCAAUCCAGCUCUUUGCGACUUUGGCCUGUCUGGGAUGACAGCAUCGUUUGUAUUCUCCAGCUUCCUUAACAGCGACUUGAUUGAUGGGGCAUCGACGGAUCUUGGGAACCCCAGUCUCGACCCAUCGGCUCUGUGA